AUGAUAAGUGUGGAAAACGGCUCCUUGGAAGAAGAAGGUAUUGAUCAAGAUCGUGUUUUUCAUGACGAAAAUAAUAUAGCCAGCGAAUUUUCAUGUGCAAUUUGUCAAGGUCUUUUGUGGAAACCAAGAUCAUGCGCAUCUUGUCAACAUUUGUUUUGUAGCCAAUGUAUUCGAACAUGGCUUAAAUUUAAUCAAACUUCCUGUCCAUUUCGUUGUUCUCCAUAUGAAGAAAAACGUCCUCCACCGUAUAUUCACGCUCUCUUGAGUCGUCUAUCCAUUCGUUGUCGGAAUAGUGUAUUUGGUUGUACAGAAAUUGUACCUUAUUAUUCAUUAGAAAAACAUCAAAAUCUAGAAUGCCAAUUUCCAAGUAAACAAUGCAACGUUUGCAGAAAUUUUGUAUUAGUAGACGAUAUAGAUCAGCAUCAACAAUCUUGCAUACCUUCAACGAUUCAAUGUUUCGUAUGCAAAUGUCUAGUCCACCGAAAUUCGUAUCAACAACAUUUGAUUGAAUGCUUUCAACAAAGAUUAGACCUGCUGAUCGAAGAGAUGACACCAGAACCGGAUGACCUUGAUACACCUGUGAACGACACAUUCAAUUUUCUACCGGACUAUGUCAAUCAACCAUGGCUCGUUCAAUUAAAUAAUCGAUUACAACUAUUUGUAGCUGCGAUGCCUAAAAUCAAUCUUGUUGGACUGGAAGCAGUGGUGCAAGCUCGUCAACUAAAUUAUUAUAGUCGAAUAUUGGCUAUGAUCCGAUUGAUUUUAUGCAAUAAAUCUCAAGCUGCUCAAAUAUUGAUUCUUCUUUUCUGUUUUGGUAUUGGAGGUAUGUUUGGUUGCUUCAUGUGCCUUUGUUCAAUCGUACAACAACAUGCUAGAAGAGCCAUGCUUCGAACAUUUUCUGUGAUAAUCUUACUCAGUGGAUUACUGGGCUUUGGUCUUCCUAUGCUACUUUCAUCGAUCAGUGAUACUGGAAUCAUUCUUUCAACUUUCAUCAGUUUUGUAUUAUUUAGUUCAACAUGUUCAGAAUUACCAUUAGAUUGUUUUCAAAUGGCUCAUGGUCAUACAAUUAUAGCAAUAUUAUAUUUUCUUAUUUUUCUUAUUCUCAAACUGUAUCUGUUAAUGAUAAAGUUCUGCUUUUCUUGUAUACCUUCAUAUAUAUUGGCAGCUUGUCUGGCUUGGACUACGAUCUUCGUAACAUUUCAUGUUCGUCGUUAUUCUAUUGGUACACGAUAG